AUGUUGGUGACCCGACUAGGCCUCAGGCCCAUGCCACUCAGAUCGGUGCUAAACUUCCGUUUUUCUCGUCUCAACUCAAACUUACCCCAGAAUUUCAACCCCAAGAAAGACUUGCCUAGUCAAGGAGAAUGGAAGCACUUGAAGCAGCACAUUCCUGGAGAGGCCGCUCAGACAAAUGACUUGAGAGAACGUAUUCCAAAGUUUCCUCUUACCAAAGAGAAUGUCCCAACCCUUUUGCCCCGUCCCGGUGUUCCACGAGUGGGCCCAAAAAUGACGUUCAGACAAGUGAUUCACAUCUUGAAAAGCAAAUCAAAACCAGAACUAAUCUACGAAGCAGAACCACAUAGACUCUACUUCCUUGCCUGUUUCUGCUGUGCUGUGGUUUUUGCUGUGUACGGAUGUGUCUUGCUAGAGUUUGCAUGGUUCCAAGCUAAUAAAGACUACGAUGAGAACAAGGAAGAGUUGGCUGAACCUUUGAGGAAGAGAGAGUUUGCUAAGCAGUUGGUUGGUUACUCUUCUCUUGGAGCAUUAGCUUUGUUCAUGUCCUAUCAUAUUGCUACAUUCCCCACUCGUCUUAUAAGACGUAUGUGGUAUCUUCCGGGGCCCGUGGAGCAUGUCCGGUUCACGUCAUAUUCGCUUAUUCCCGGUCGCCCUACUCCAGUUAUUACUGUCCCAUUGCAUGAUUUAGCCAGAAAGCAUCAGGCCAGAGUUUGGACAGGUAAAGGUUUCUAUGGUACUUCUGACAAGUCACUCUUCUUCUUCGUGUUGAAGGAAAUCAGCAAAAAGAAGACCUGGAUCGUGGACAGAAGAGGUUUCUUCUGGUCGGACGGCAGAGUUUUUGAUAUCCUCUUUGGUAAGGAGACCAUCGCAGAGGCAGAAGCCGGAAUUCCAUAUGAUGAGCAAAUUGGAAUAGUGAACAGAGAGGUCAAGAAAAAGAAGAAGGAAUUGAGAGCCAAGCAUGGCAUGUUUUACCAAUGGAAGCUUGGUGCUCUGGAGGUUAAGGGAGACUUGAACAAGGCCACUAAUUAUGUGAAGUCGUUGAGAUCCGGAAAUGAUCCUAAGGGUUUGCCGAAGGACAAACAGUAA